GAAACAGACCGAGAAUUUUGUCCCUCUUGUUCCUUAUCUCACAAGAACAUUUUCUUGGACGCGGCUCUGGACGGUGGACACGCUGGACGCGGAGCAGGAUCCACGCAGGAGGCACAAACCGGACACCGUGUUCUUCAUUUGCGGUUUUAACACUAUGGAGCCAGCCUUCGGCGAGGUGAACCAACUCGGCGGUGUUUUCGUGAACGGCAGGCCGCUCCCCAACGCCAUCCGGCUCCGGAUCGUGGAGCUGGCCCAGCUCGGGAUUCGACCCUGUGACAUUAGCCGGCAGCUGCGCGUCUCCCACGGCUGUGUCAGCAAGAUCCUGGCCCGCUACAACGAGACCGGCUCCAUCCUCCCGGGGGCCAUCGGGGGCAGCAAGCCACGGGUCACCACACCCACCGUGGUCAAGCACAUACGGACAUACAAGCAGAGGGACCCGGGGAUUUUUGCCUGGGAGAUCCGGGACAGGCUACUCGCCGACGGGGUUUGCGAUAAGUUCAACCUCCCCUCCGUCAGCUCCAUCAGUCGGAUCCUGCGCAACAAGAUCGGGAAUCUGUCCCAGCAGAGUCAGUACGAAUCCGGCAAGCAGGCGCCUCAUCCACCGCCACAACCAACGUUACCCUACAACCACUUAUACUCAUACCCGACUUCCAAAGUGCCCACUCCCCCUGGCAUGCCCACCCUCCCCGGACACAUGGCCAUGCACAGGAUAUGGCCCUCCUCGCACUCUGUGACAGAUAUUCUGGGGAUACGGUCUAUUACAGAGCAACAAAUUAGUGACAGUCCAUCCUUUCCCUGCGCCAAACUAGAAGAAUGGGGCGCAAUUAACAGGACUAAUUUCCCAGCAGCCACCUCUCCACUAGUCAAUGGCGUGGAUAAACCGCAUUUAGACGCGAAAUACGCGCAGACGCCGAGUGGAUUGCCCACAGUGAACAGCUAUGUCACAGCGCCCAGCAUCCCUCCCUACCACCCUCCCACCCAAGUGUCACCCUACAUGGGGUACAGCGCCACCACGUCGGCCUAUGUGACCGGAGCCACAUGGCAGCCGGCCAGUGGCAGUGCUCUAUCUCCCCACAGCUGUGACAUCGCCACACCUCUGGCCUUCAAGAGCAUGACAGCCAGCCGUGAUGCCAUCCACCCGGUCACCGCCUCGGCGCUGUGAAGUCGGCUGACUGAUGGGGGAGAGUGGGAGAAAGGGGUGAGGGGGUGGUGUGUGAGAUAUGGAUGAGGACAGUGAAGACAUCGACUCUGUCUCGUGUGGCUACAUUUCAAUCUCACUGCCUCCUUUGUACGAGGGCCCCGGCCCCAGGACCCAUAUUCGUGCCGCCCUCCUCCUGAUCCUCGUCGCUGCUUCACACAGUCAGACCAAAGACAGGAGGAAUAAACAUUCUGUCCAUUUUAACGUGUGUGAAAGAACUUGCAGGGCAGGUGUACUGAAGGACUGAUGUAUGACUGUUUCUCCUACAUCCAUCAACACAACUCCUCUCAGAUUCUUUACUGCGUUCUUCUGCUGCAAAUGUCUUUGGGCCAAAUGGGGUAAUGUAUAACUUCAAGAGAAAGCAAUCAAAGAAGAGGGGGAAAACUUUGCGUUAGCGUUUUUCAGGGUGCUUAUUAUCUGCUCUUGUUUUGUGUUUGUAUGCUUUUCGUUGUUGUUCAUGUUUUUGAUAAAAAUAACUGUCCUAUGGUGCAUUGUUUUCCCACUUCUCUAAAAAAAAAAAAACGUGGCCUAAGUUCCAGAGCUCCAGAGAGAAGUUUAUUUAUUAGUUAAAGGUACGUUGAAUGAAGUGCAAUUCGCCUUUCAGACAGAAUGGGAAUCUCCACGCAUGUUUAGACAAAUUGGCCCUGGUCUGAUGUUGGAGUUGAGAGAGUUAACGAUUGAAAAAUGUUGCACAAUGAAAUUGAAUGUAUCUUAUUAAAUUGUUUGGCUGUUA